GAUCCGUCAGGGGAGGCACCCGGCUCACUUUUCCACAUCACUUCACAGUUACAUUUGGCAGGCAGGCGGGCUCGCACGCCGAAGCGCUCAGCCCAGAAUUAGUGGAUUUUAUUUGGAAUCUCCCUGCCUCCUCGAAGCUCCUCCGCCACCACCGGUUUGUGCAUAGACGGUAGCGUCCAUCCGCCAGCUGCACUUUGGGCUGCGGACACCCGGAGCCCAGCGCGCCUGCCCCGCGUCUCCGCACCAAGCUCCGCAGCUCCGAGAGGCAUGAACGGAAUCUGGAGGCGCCUGCCCAGUGCACCGGGACCGGUCAGCACUGGCCGCCCUGGAGAGCGGACCCCGAUCCCCUCCAGCCAUUUGUGAACCAGGAGGCUUGAAAUUCACCAGCUCAGAGCCCCGUAAGAGAAAUUUCAACGGAAAGGAAAGCCAAUGGAUUGUGGUCUUAGAAAAGCUGCUUAGAUGAUGUCUGUUUCCAGAGCUUUCAGCACGUGGCAGAGCUGUAAGUAAGCGCUCGGCACUGCAUGAUGAAUUGGAUGGCUGCAGACCGGAGGCAAACAAAAUAAUUGUCUCAUUUUCGUGGUGAUUUGCUUAACUGGUGGGACCAUGCCAGAACGGCUAGCGGAAAUGCUCUUGGAUCUCUGGACUCCAUUAAUAAUAUUAUGGAUUGCUCUCCCCCCUUGCAUUUACAUGGCUCCAAUGAAUCAGUCUCACGUUUUAAUGAGUGGAUCCCCUUUGGAACUAAACAGGCUGAGUGAAGAACAGCGGAUUUUGAACCGCUCCAAAAGAGGCUGGGUUUGGAAUCAAAUGUUUGUCCUGGAAGAGUUUUCUGGACCUGAACCGAUUCUUGUUGGCCGGCUACACACAGACCUGGAUCCUGGAAGUAAAAAAAUCAAGUAUAUCCUCUCAGGUGAUGGAGCUGGGACAAUCUUUCAAAUAAAUGAUGUUACUGGAGAUAUCCAUGCUAUAAAGAGACUUGACCGAGAGGAAAAGGCUGAGUACACCCUAACAGCUCAGGCAGUGGACUGGGAGACGAACAAACCUCUUGAGCCUCCUUCUGAAUUUAUUAUUAAAGUUCAAGACAUCAACGACAAUGCACCUGAGUUUCUUAAUGGACCUUAUCAUGCUACGGUGCCAGAGAUGUCCAUUCUGGGUACGUCUGUCACUAAUGUAACAGCUACGGAUGCUGAUGACCCAGUUUAUGGAAACAGUGCAAAGCUGGUUUAUAGUAUCUUGGAAGGGCAGCCUUAUUUCUCCAUUGAGCCUGAAACAGCUAUUAUAAAAACUGCUCUUCCCAACAUGGACAGAGAAGCCAAGGAGGAGUACCUGGUUGUUAUCCAAGCCAAAGAUAUGGGUGGACACUCUGGUGGCCUGUCCGGGACCACGACACUCACAGUAACCCUUACUGAUGUUAAUGACAAUCCUCCAAAAUUUGCACAGAGUCUGUAUCACUUCUCAGUACCAGAAGAUGUGGUUCUUGGCACUGCAAUAGGAAGGGUCAAGGCCAAUGACCAGGAUGUUGGUGAAAAUGCACAGUCCUCUUAUGACAUCAUUGACGGAGAUGGAACAGCACUCUUUGAAAUCACCUCUGAUGCCCAGGCCCAGGAUGGCAUUAUACGACUAAGAAAGCCUCUGGACUUUGAGACCAAGAAAUCCUAUACUCUGAAGGUGGAGGCAGCCAAUGUCCAUAUUGACCCACGUUUCAGCAGCAGGGGACCCUUUAAAGAUACGGCUACGGUUAAAAUUGUUGUGGAGGAUGCAGAUGAGCCUCCUGUCUUCUCUUCACCAACAUACCUCCUGGAAGUUCAUGAAAAUGCUGCUCUGAACUCCGUGAUUGGGCAAGUGACUGCUCGUGACCCUGAUAUCACAUCCAGUCCUAUAAGGUUUUCCAUCGACCGUCACACUGACCUGGAGAGACAGUUCAACAUUAAUGCAGAUGAUGGGAAGAUCACUCUGGCAACACCACUUGACAGAGAAUUAAGUGUGUGGCAUAACAUAACAAUCAUUGCAACUGAAAUUAGGAACCACAGUCAGAUAUCACGAGUACCUGUUGCUAUUAAAGUGCUGGAUGUCAAUGACAACGCCCCUGAAUUCGCAUCCGAAUAUGAGGCAUUUUUAUGUGAAAAUGGAAAACCCGGCCAAGUCAUUCAAACAGUGAGUGCCAUGGACAAAGAUGAUCCCAAAAAUGGACAUUAUUUCUUAUACAGUCUCCUGCCAGAAAUGGUCAACAAUCCAAAUUUUACCAUCAAGAAAAAUGAAGAUAAUUCCCUCAGCAUUUUGGCAAAGCAUAAUGGAUUCAACCGCCAGAAGCAAGAAGUCUAUCUUUUACCAAUCAUAAUCAGUGACAGUGGAAAUCCUCCACUGAGCAGCACCAGUACCCUGACGAUCCGGGUCUGUGGCUGCAGCAAUGAUGGUGUUGUCCAGUCUUGUAACGUUGAAGCUUAUGUCCUUCCCAUUGGACUCAGUAUGGGCGCCUUAAUUGCCAUAUUAGCAUGCAUCAUUUUGUUGCUAGUCAUUGUGGUGCUGUUUGUAACUCUGCGGCGACAUAAAAAUGAGCCAUUGAUUAUCAAAGACGAUGAAGACGUUCGAGAAAACAUCAUUCGCUAUGACGACGAAGGAGGAGGGGAGGAGGACACAGAGGCUUUUGACAUUGCAACUUUACAAAACCCAGAUGGAAUUAAUGGAUUUUUACCCCGUAAGGAUAUUAAACCAGAUUUGCAGUUCAUGCCAAGAUUACAGAAGAGGGUUACUAGGAGGAAUAACACAGGAUGUUGCUGAAGACAAAGACUGCGGAAACAGUGACAUCAAUGAACUCAGAGGCCAGAACUACAAAAGGAAAUGAGAAGUCACAAAAGGCAAAUUUUAAUUCCUUCAGAUUUCUUCUGUAUGUGCCAGGGUAUGGAGGGCCAUUCUGACUCCACAUAAACAUGAGGAAGAUUUUAACAACUAUCGUCUAAGAUUAAACAUGCAAUUUACAAAUCAUUGAUUGAGAUGACUUCUCCUUUCUAAUGGAUGCUUUCCUUUGGCUUUGACUUUCUUUGAUGGUUUUCUAUAAUUCAACCUCUAGAUUUGGAGAGCUAUUACCUAUUUGUCAAGUUUGUAGAAUAUAGAAGUGGAUGAUGUAGGCUCAAUGUUGGGGCUAUAAAUAACAGUAUUGCAAAUAAAUUUUAAAAAGUACCCCCUACCAAAACAUGUAUUUUCUGCAACGUAUGUUUGAGAUACUGUGCUUGUGACAGGUGAAAGGUAUACUCACCAUUCUUCUCUUGCUUCUUAAAGACAUGGGUAAUAAUUGGAUAAAUUAUAGAGUUAAGUAAAGGACAAACCAUUAGACUUGGCUGUACUAUAAAAGUGGGGAGCAGACAGUGAUUUGAAAUCACAGAGAAAAAUGUCAAAGCUUACUAAGGCACAAUACCAUGCUAAGGCAUUGCUGAAAGAGUCUUGGAGAGAGCAGACUGUCAGAACAUGAAGACUAGAGGGUAAGGUCAGGCUAGAUUCCAGAUAUCUAAAAAUGAAUAGAGAUGCCAAAGGGGGAAAUUUCUCAAUAAAAUUCAAUGUCAAUAUCUAAAAUGCUCCAUGUAACAAAACUCUCCAAUGCUUAUUUGUUUAACAACUGUGUACUGAGGAUAUUACACUAAUCUAUAUGUUGAGAAUAAAGCAGUGAAUAGGAUAGGAAAGGCUAUCUCCCUUCAAAGCUUUGGUAGUAUGAGAAAAAUAAUAGAUGGGUAAAUUUAAGAAAAAAAUGGAUAUGAUGGAACUUAAUAUAGAUACCUAAGAAACUAAAUGUUUUGCAUAUCAUAGAGAUAUUUCAGUUGCUAGUUUUUACACUAAUAGUAAACAACUGCAAAAACUAUGUAAAAGUUUGUUUUAGUUGUUCUCCUGUAACUAAACCAGUGGCAUACACAAUAAAUGAGAAUGAGGUCUAUUCUGUAGUGGAUGAGGGAGAAAGCACACAAUAAGACGUGGAGAGCUGAGCAGAGAGUGUAUUAUACAGGUCGUGGUCGACCAGGAUUAGAAGCUCAGAUUCACUUUAUGCGAAAGAGGAAGCAAUUGAAAGGGACUAAAACUGAGGGAAUGACAUGGUCUGACUUGUAGUUUUGAAAUGAUCAUUCUCAUUCUUGUAUGGAAAUAAUAUUGUCGGACCCCAGAAUUAAAGCAGAGGCCCAGAGAGAAGGUUGUUUCUUUAGCCCAAGGAAGAAAUUAUCUUUCCUUUCACUCUUUCAGUGGUAAUAGAGAUGGAAGAAAUAGAAUCCUGAUAUAUAUCAGAUAUAAAAUUGGAAUCAAUGGAGGAUGCAUUCAAUAAGCUGAAAGAAGGAAAGAUGAAAUUUAAACAUGACUCCUAGAGGUUUUUACUUGAACAACUAUGUGAUUAAUAGAUCCAUUUGCAAAGAUUGUGAAGACAGACUGAAUUUGGAUACCAAAAGCUUGCAUCUGACUUCUCUAAUGAUCCACAGUAGAAAAAAGAUAGCAGAAACCAUAGUCCUGUAGAAACUCCUACACGGAGUAUGUAUAAGACUGUGUUAGGGUUUCCUAGAGAAGCAGAACCAAAUGUAUGUACAAUGUGUGUAUGUCUCUCUGUGUGUGUGUGCAUGCCUGUGUAUUUAGGUGUGUGUGUGUAUGUAUAAAAUAGAUAUCCUAUUUUAGAUAUAUGCAUAUAUGAGAAUAUACUCUUACAUGUGUAUCCCAUUUUAAUAUACAUACAUGUAUAUUAAAGAGAGGAAGAGAGACAGAGAUGGAUAAGUAGAUAUUGAUUUUGUAUAAGGGUAUUUGUAUAUUAGUAUAUUAGAUAAUGAGAUGGGUCUGCUAUCUGCAAGCUGGAUAUCCAGAAAAGCCAGUGAUGUAGUUCAGUCUGAGACUGACUUCCUGAGAACCAGGCAAGCUAAUGGCAUAAGUUCCUACCUGAGGGCCAGAGAACAUGAGAUAGAUAACCUGGCUCAAGAAGAAAGGCAGAAAGCAAAAGAAUCAAAUGAGUCCUUCCUGUUGUUUAGGCCCUUGGUGGAGCUACAUGAUGCCCACCUAGACCAUGGGAGACAGCACACUGAAUUCAAGGAUUCAAAGGUUAACAUCAUCUAGAAACACCCACACCAAUUCAUCCAGAAAUAACAUUUAAUCUAGGGACCCUGGGCACAGCUAAGUUGAUACAUAAAAUUAAUCUUCUCAGUGACCAUCCCAAGCAUGCUACUAUAUUUUGAUUUUCUGUAGGUCAAUUACUGAGUCGAAAAAGGUCACAAGACACAUCAUGAUUCAUCUUAGAGAAGAUGUAGUUAGACUGAUUAUUUUGUAUUUUCUAGUUUUCAAAAGACGAAAAACAAAUAGAGGUUCUAUUUCAUUCAACAAGUUCAUUCUUGGCUGGGGUAUGAGGGAUUCGGUCACUGGAAAUGUUUCUUAGUGAUUAUGAAGAAAUUAUUAUGAAACAUUAUCUAUGCUUACAAAAAUGUAAGGAAAAGCACAUGUAGCAUUAUAUGUAAAUGUGACACAUUGUCCAGGAAGCAUUCCUAAGCUAAUCCUUUCUCUUUGAAAUGAAUGCCAAUCCUAAAAGAAAAAAACAAAAACAAAAAACUUUUGGUAUUUGAGGUUUAGUUAUGUUUAAAAACUAAAAUUUACUGAAAAAAUAUACUCAUUUUUUUGGAUUAUGUGUUAAUCCCCACUUUCUAAUAAAGUUAACCUACAUCUCUGGAAGUUGAUAUUGGGUGCACAGAAUUUGUCUAGAGAGAACAGUGUUGUGCCAAUAAGAAUCUCAGGCAUAAAGAAGAAUGAAAUUAUGGCAUUUGCCAGUAAAUGGUUGGAACUGGAGACUAUCAAAUCCAAAAGCCAAAUGUUCUCUCUGAUAACCCAUAGCAAGGGAAAUUAUAGAAAUUCAUUGGAUUAGACAAAGGGGAAGGAAGGAAAGGGAGGGGGCAUGGGAAUAGGAAAGACUGUAGAAUGAACUGGAUAUAACUUCCCUAUCCUUAUAUAUGAAUACACAACCAAUGUAACUCUACAACAUGUACAACCACAAGAAUGGGAUCCUAAUUAGAAUAAAUUAUACUCUAUAGAUGUAUAAUAAGUCAAAAUACAUUCUACUGUCAUGUAUAUCUAAAAAGUACAAAUAAAAAUAUAUUAAAAAUUAUAAGAACUUCUUAUAUAAAGCACUAAUUUAAAUGGAUGCACCAAAUUUGACAUGCAUUUAUUAUGUUAUGAACCCUGUAGUAUAUGCCAUGGAGCUUGAUCAAAGAUGAUGAGACUCAUUUCCUCUCCUUGAGAACUUUUGUCUUCUGUGGCAGUCUCACACACUUAUUUUAAUUUUUAAAAUUAUAGCAUUGUGUUUUUAUUUGUGUAUGUUUUGGCAAUUUCAAAUUGCUAUUAGAACACUGAGUCAAAUACUUAAUACUUCAUGAGUUCAGGGAUACAUGCAUAUUUAUUAUGCUCUGCCAUGCAGAAAAAGUUAAAGAUUUAGUUGGUCAUUAUGGGGUGUGAUGAUGCAUAUAAAGACAAUAUCAAGUGAGAAGCACAGGGGCACAAAUGUUCAAGCACUCUAAAGAAGACCUUAAAACUUGGCAGGGAUAAACCAAGAACAGAAGCUGAUAGAUUCAUUUCUUUUUCCUAUAGAAAUGUCAAUGAAAUCUAGGAAUAUAUUUAUAAGUAACACCCUUUGUUUUACAUGCUUUAUUCUCGAAAUAUAAUUUCAUGUAAUAGUUGACUAUCAAAGACAAAAAUGCCAUGUGAAUACAUCAAUAGAUGAUUUCUUUGAAAGUCUUCACAGAGUUACAACUUGCUUCAAUCCUAGAAAAUUAGUCAGUAAGCAUAGAACAGAACUCCUUUUUUUUCAUGAAUGGUAAUUACCCAAAUUUUAUAGCAAUUAAAAUAGCUAAUAGAGAAUCCUUACAUACAUUCUUCUAAGAGGAAAUAAGGAAAGAAAAGCUGUCCUCAUUGUUUCACUUCACUCUUUUUGGAAGAAAUCAUGAAGAUUUCUAGAUGUAUGAAAAUAAUAGAAAAAUUAACAUAUUAGAUUGAUAAAUUAUUAACACUAAGUAGAUAUUUCAGCAGUGUAGCUAAAUCUGAAUGAUAUUUAUGAAAGAAAUUAAAAUGUUAAGGAUUUCAAUUCUUAAAAUUUAUUCUCCAAUUUUCAUCCCAUUAUAAUCAAAUUUGUAAUGGAAAUGUUUUUUUAUGAAUUUUAUUUUACAUUUUAUUGAGGUCCAUUCUCCCACAAAAAGAAAAUGUAAGUAAUAUUAGCAGAAAGAUAAGGAAAGAAGUAUGUUUCUCACACUACCAGGUAAGAGGAAUUUACUGCUAAGCUAUGAAAAAUAAAUCAAGGAAACAAUUAAAAAAAGUCAUUAAAAAGCCUGUGGAAUUUCUGUUGCAGGUAGAGAAGUAGACCAAAGUAUAUGAAACAAUUUUUUAAUUAAAAGUUCAAAUUUAAAACAGUAGGCAAUCACUUUAAUCUCCAGAGACAGGUAUAAAAAGGUGAAUGCAGUAAAGUGUUGGUGAAAAGGUUAAAAAUAAUGCACUGCAUCUCUCUUAUGAUCUAUCAUUUCCACAUUAGGGUAUAAACACCAGAGGAGUCCUUGCACAGGUUUGUAGGUGCAUAUGCCCAGUAUUAUUCACUUGGAUGCUUUACACACACACACACACACACACACCCAUAAAUGAGGUACUGAACAUGCCCUAUGUAUCCACACUAGGAGAAUGGAUCUUAAUUUUAUCUACUUAAUAAGUGGACAAAGUUCUACUAUGUGGCAUUUGGACACAAUUAAAAUAAAACAGACACCAACAAUUUUAAAACAUUGUCAAGCAAAAAAAUAUAUAAAGUAGAGGAUGAAACAUAUGACAUAAUAACAUUUAUAUUAAGCAAAACCACAUAAAGAUCCCACAUAAAGAUAGGUAUUUAUUGAAUGACCCGACUGUGUACAGUUUUGAUCAAGUGAGCUUCAAUCCUAGAAAGCAUACCUAAAGAUAAAAAAUGUAAGGUAUGCUUCAGAAACACAGUAAAUAACAUAUACAUUAGACUUAAUGGUUGAUGGAGAGGAAGAAGUCUUAGACCAAGAGUGGGUGGUAUUCUGAUUGUGAAACUUUCCAUAUACUAAGAAACCCAAUCCAAGAUGUGAACUCCAUACUAAGGAAUUUUGUGAUGCAGAACAAAAGAAGACCUUAUCUGAGUGAAAGGUUUAAAUUUUCCAAUAUUCUUCAGACCUUCUUUGAGGUCCCAAUCUACAUUUGCCAACUCAAAUCUCUUAGAAAUCCUAUUGCAAUGAAAAUUCUUUUAUUUUUUUUAUCCUAGGAUUCCUCAAAUAUAAUUAAUUAUGAUUUUUUUUCUUAGAAAAACCAAUUUCAUCUUUCUAGAUACAUGCAUUUUAUAGAAUGAAAUGUGAGCACGACUGCUAGAAUCCAUAAGCAAACAAAGGAUUUUUAAGAAGUGAAUGGGUAUGAUCAGAUCUAAUUUACUUUUCUUCCUCUUGAGGCAUCAUACUUAUUGAAUAUUGACAUUGCACACAUUUCUGUGAUAAGUUUUAUUGGAAAAAAAUUAGUAAAAUGAGUCACAGAUUUUACUCACACAGAGUUAACUGGAGACAUGUAAAUAUAUAUUAAUUUCUAUUAGUGAAGUUAAAUUAAACAGUACUAUAGAAUUCAUCAUCGUAUUCUUAUAUGCACAGAACAUAUUUUGAUCAUAUCCAUCCCCUAUUACCUUUUCUUCCACUCCCCUCCCCCCGAUCUCUUUCUUCUUUUAUACUUUCUGAUACAUUCAUGUUAUUUUACUUAACACAUAGAAAUAAUUAGAUGAUGUGGCCUAUGGUAUAUGACAGUAUCUAAAGGAACUGAUGAAACAUUUGGGAGCUGUUAUGUGGCUUUGGAAAAGAAAAGGCUCACAGAAGGUUCAGAAUGACCAGCAAGAACAAUGUGCACAUUUAUGUAUGACCAACAGAACUCUGUGACCAAAAAAAAGGAACACAGAUUUUUUUUGUAUAAUACUUUGCCUGUAACAGCAGAAAUUCCACUUAUAGGAAUGCAAGUGACCAAUAUAUGCCUGUAAGCCAUUCAUAUAUUGAUCUGACAACUUAUAAGAGUUCAUUAUAACCAUAUCAAGUGGAAAGUAGCCUCUUCUUGGGAUGUUCCUGAAAGGUUCAUGUUGAAUUGACAGAAUAUUAGUUUUUUUACAGUCUAUCCUCCUUAUGUGAAACUCAUAUUAUUUCUGCAUUUGUAUAUGAAAAUAUUCCAGCAUUGAUGAAGGUAGAAAAUAACUAGCUCUAUAAUUUGAUGGUUUUAUAAUCAUACUAUAAAAUGAUUGCUCUCUUCUCUAAUCCAAAACCAAUAAUGCUGAAUGAUGGUACAUACUUAGCAUGAGGUUUCUCAAUGAGGAAUGUACAUGUGGGACAGUGAAGAAGGUGUUUUCAAGAUUGUUCCCUAAGAUGAGUUAAGUACUUCAUAUCUGCACAGAGUUGUACAAAUAAGAUCAUCAGAUCAGUUCCCCACUCUACAUGCUACCAAUUCAUCAUUAAAAAUCAAACCUUGUGAUAUCCCUCUCAUCAAUUCAAGGGAGAAUGUGGUAAACAACACAAAGUAAAGAGAUUUGGAAUUGCCUCUUGUAAUCACCCAGAUCCCUAUCACCAGGCAUGUUUACAACAUAGCCAUACUCAAGAUCAAGUGUCUUCUCCUGACCUACACAGAGAACCUAGUUGGGAAAAUACUAAUUUUCUAUGAUCCUACUCAGAAACUGUUCCAGGUCCACUGAUUCUGAUGAUUCCCUUUCUGGCUAAUUUUAUCAGAUUUCUUUCUGGUUUAUCUUAUCAGCUGACUCCUUCUUGGAACCAAUUUUCUACAAGGCCAUGCUUUGUCCCUUGCAU